AUGGCCAAAACCAAGCACGUAAAGCGUGGUAGCGCUGCCGGCACGCCUUACGAGCGACCCGGUGCCAGUGCCGGCGCAGCCAAGAACAAUGUCUUCAAGUUCAACACAAACUUCGGCCAGCAUAUCCUCAAGAAUCCCGGUGUCUCGGACGCAAUCGUCGACAAGGCCUACCUAAAACCCACGGAUACCGUACUGGAGAUCGGCCCUGGUACCGGUAACCUGACGGUAAGGAUAUUGGAAAAGGCAAAGAAAUGCAUAUGCGUCGAACUCGACCCGCGAAUGGCGGCCGAAGUGACGAAGCGUGUCCAGGGAAAACCUGAGCAGCGCAAACUGGAGGUUAUUUUGGGUGAUGUGAUUAAGACGGAGUUGCCAGCGUUUGAUGUUUGCAUUUCAAAUACCCCCUAUCAGAUUUCCUCGCCCCUUGUCUUCAAGCUCCUCGCCAUGCCCAACCCCCCGCGCACCUCCAUCCUCAUGUUCCAGCGUGAAUUUGCCCUCCGGUUGACGGCACGGCCGGGAGACGCCCUCUACUGCCGACUCUCCGUCAACGCCCAGUUCUGGGCCAAGAUCACCCACAUCAUGAAGGUCGGCAAGAACAACUUCAGGCCUCCGCCGCAAGUCGAGUCCUCGGUCGUCCGCAUCGAGCCCAAGGUUGGCAAGGACCGCCCCAACGUCAGCUGGGACGAGUGGGACGGCCUGUUGCGCAUCUGCUUCGUGCGCAAGAACAAGACCCUCCGGGCGAGCUGGCUCGGCACCAAGGAGGUGCUUGCCAUGGUGGAGAGGAAUUAUCGCACGUGGUGCGCCAUGAAUGGCGUGGCCGUUGACGAAACGCUGGUGGACGACGACGGCAAUGACGACAUGGAGACCGACGAUGUCGGCAAUGCCGGUGCCGACGACAUGGACGUCGACGAUGCCGACGAUGACGACACGCCCGACUUCUUCAAAGAGAUGCGCAACUCCGCUGCCUCCAUCCCAAAGACCAAGAGCAAGCGCAAGAAGACCAAGGUCGCCGAGCUUGUCCGUGAAAAAAUCCGUAAGGUUCUCGAGGACGUGACCGAGCUGGCCGAAAGGCGUUCCGGCAAGUGUGACGAAAAUGACUUCCUCCGACUGCUGUUUGCGUUCAACGAGGAGGGCAUCCACUUCUCUUGA